UUUCACAUUCUUACGCUCUGUUUAUUCCUCAGAAGAAAGCAGCUGCUCCGGAGCGUGCCACGCCAAACAGUUUAACGUUCGAUUUUUGAAUAUGAAAUAUUUUUAAUCUCUCUGCGCCUGGAUCGGAAUGCAGACCGUUUGAAUUUUAAAAUAACGGAUAAAUACAUGAGAGGUUGUUUGGCGGUAGAAUUCUCAGUUGGAUCCAAUUUUGACCACUUGCGUGUAAAGCAUCUGAUUUAAUGCAGGCAAAUGAUUUUAUAUUUCAGGAACUGUGAGCGGUAGAUGAAAGCAAGCAGCAGCACUUCUAAAUGCGGCAGCUCUUUGAUCUGAAAUGAGGUGCUAGAGGAAGCUUAUUGAUUUGGUGGGAAACUAAAACAACUUUUCAGCAGUGUCAAAACAACCAAUUGAUGACAACCGAUUGAUGGAGAAUCACAAGCCUGGGAAUUUCGGUAUCAAACCUUUGAAAUUGUGAUACGUCGCGCGUUUAUAUCACAUUGAUCGAUCUUCACUGUAUGUUAAUAGUUUUGUAAUUUUGUGCUUUGGUGGAACUGACUGUGUUGAGCUGAAAGUCACAAUUCUUCGCUUGUUAUUAUUCGGAAAGCGCAAGUUUGACGUGCGCGCGGUUCGAUCAUGGGCUGCACGGUGAGCGCAGAGGACAAGGCGGCCGCCGAAAGAUCAAAGAUGAUCGACAAAAACCUGCGCGAGGAUGGAGAGAAGGCGGCGCGCGAGGUGAAACUGCUCCUGCUCGGUGCCGGUGAAUCAGGAAAGAGCACCAUUGUCAAACAGAUGAAGAUUAUCCAUGAAGAUGGCUACUCAGAAGAUGAGUGUAAGCAGUACAGAGCCGUAGUCUACAGCAACACCAUCCAGUCCAUAAUGGCCAUUAUUAAAGCCAUGAGCAACCUUAAGAUAGACUAUGGAGAUACAGCAAGAGUGGACGACGCACGGCAGCUGUUUGCGCUUUCUGCCGCAGCAGAGGAGCAGGGAAUCUUAACCGAUGAUUUGGCUAACGUGAUUCGCAGACUGUGGGGUGACAGCGGGGUGCAGGGCUGUUUCAUCCGCUCCAGAGAAUAUCAACUCAAUGACUCUGCUGCAUAUUAUCUGAACGAUUUGGAAAGGAUAGCGCGGACGGACUACAUUCCAUCCCAGCAGGAUGUUUUGAGGACCAGAGUGAAAACCACUGGGAUCGUGGAGACGCAUUUCACUUUUAAAGAUCUGCACUUCAAGAUGUUUGAUGUUGGGGGUCAGCGAUCAGAGAGGAAGAAAUGGAUCCAUUGCUUUGAAGGAGUCACAGCCAUCAUCUUCUGUGUGGCUUUGAGCGCUUAUGACCUGGUGCUAGCAGAAGAUGAGGAGAUGAACCGCAUGCAUGAAAGCAUGAAGCUGUUUGACUCCAUUUGUAACAACAAGUGGUUCACAGAGACCUCCAUCAUCCUCUUCCUCAAUAAAAAGGAUCUGUUUGAAGAGAAGAUCACGCACAGCCCUCUCACCAUCUGCUUCCCUGAAUAUUCAGGAGCCAACAAAUAUGACGAGGCUGCCAGUUACAUCCAGACCAAGUUUGAGGAUCUCAACAAGAAAAAGGACACAAAGGAAAUCUACACCCACUUCACCUGCGCUACUGACACUAAGAACGUGCAGUUUGUGUUUGACGCCGUCACUGACGUCAUCAUUAAAAACAACCUGAAGGAUUGCGGCCUUUUUUAAUGAUUGCGGCCAAGAGAAUAAUGAGGAAGGUGUAAACUACUUGGUGGACCUGGCCAAUGUGUUAUACACAAAAUGCUUGACUACCUUCAACUUCCUAUUAGAAUCGUAAUUUUUUUUUAUUUGAAUUUUUUUUUUUUAAUGUGGUAACCUGAAAAAGACUUGUGAACAAGGAGAAGAGAAACGUCACCGGAUUCCAACAAACAGUGAAUUCCAGCACACCAUCCUUCUUCCCUGAACUUCAUUUUAAAUCGGUUCUCAAUUUGUAAAUAUUUAAUUUUGGGGUUAUUUUCUGCCUUAAAAGAAAAUGAGACGAGAGUCAGAAUUAUGUUCUGAUAUUUGUUUCUAUUACCCUUCAACCUUUGUUUUUGUUUUUGACAGGUUAAAAACAGGGGUGGGUGAGAACUUUAAAUGCAUUCACUUCUUUUAUGGAUGUGCUAAUUUUAUUAAACUCGAUGGCAAAAUGCUUAUUUUGUAAAGUUAAUGUGAGCACACAGUCAACGAGAUAUCACUUUUGUAAAACUUCACCACUGAAUCUUCAUCCCGGGCUCAAACUGUAUAUUGUUGCAUGACGGACCAUAUGAAAUUGCUCGCUCGCUCCAGAACGCAGCGUAACAUUCCUACAGCUACUGAAAUGUCUUGACACGUUCUAAUAGCUUGACUUUGACUGACAUGUAAUAUUUAUAUCCGUCCACACAUUUCUUGUUUGUUGUUGCUGUAUCAUCCCUUCUUUUGCUCACUGUGCCUUCUGUGUUCACUGUCUGUAGAACAUAGGGCUGGUUUUAUUCACGCUAUCAAAGUGUACAAGCGUCAAGCACAUUUUAAGAGCUAAAUAAAAUUAGACUACAGUCUUUGGGUUAAUAUAUAAAUACAAUAAAUGAUUGCGUUGAAAAUAAAAGUUGAUAUGUAAGACUCUG